CUACUAGUGUGUGCUGUUAUAUCCUAAAGAGCGUCGUUAAGGUAACAAAUAUGUUUUAUUUAUGUGUCGCGAGAGUUUUUUGACGAGCAUUGACCAGCAUACGUCAUACGCAGCUCAGUCUGCGCAGUGCCGCAUGAAGUCGAACAUUACGGACAAGGAAGUGAUGUCAACAAGUUUCUCCGACUACUAGUGUGUGCUGUUAUAUCCUAAAGAGCGUCGUUAAGAAUGACUUCUGUUAGUCAUAAAAGUGAAGGCCAUGAUUUGGUCGAGAAAUACCGGAUCCACCUGGAGAGUCGAAUCGAGGAGGGGGGUCAGAGUUUUGUAUGCAGAGAUGAGAAGCUUUGCAAGGAAGUGAAGGCACUACUUAGCAAAGCCAAUCCACACAAGAUCCUGAAUCAACGUGGGCUAGAUUCCCUGACAGUAAUAGAGAACUCACUCGAAGCCUUUUCCUUUAAAACUGGCAAUCUGGGUCUUAAAAAGGUUUCCAAGGCCUUUGAAGUGUUGGAGCUUGCUGCAUUAAACCUCUAUCUGUAUCCAUGGAGAAAGGAAUACAAGUUUGUGAAGAUGUUUUCAGGCAUGUUCACCCAUUGUAUCAAACCUGCAUUAACCCUGCAGCAGGCCAAAGAGAUGUUUGGGUUACUUGGAUAUCAGCCUGUAAGCCACUAUGAAGAAGAAGAGUUGGCACUGGACUCCAAACUACUUCCUGCUGAUUUCAUACUUGGCCUGGCAUGUGCCUUCUUCAUCGCUCGUAUAGAGUGCCAGCUGCUCCUUUCCAACUUGGGCUCUGUGGACACAAGUGCAGAGUCGGUUCUCCAGCUAGUUAAAGAGAGGCUGAAAGGCCACAGCCUUCACUUGGCAUUAGAGAACACUAAGAGAAAAAUAGAGGCUGCUCAUUCUUCACAUGAUAAACUGACGGGUGCAAUAGAUUCAAAGCUGGAUCUGUACACAGAUGAGCCUUCGGCCCAGGCAGAUGCUCGUUACAUGACAUCCAGUUCAUCUGCGCCUCCUCGCUCUUCCUACAUAAAACCGAGAGAGACCAUCUUUAACAACUCUCUAUACGGAGACCCCUCAUACAGGUUAAAUAAUGAAAACUCUAGUCAGGAAGACGCACUUUGUGUUUCAAUGCAUCAGUGUCAAAUCAGCAACUCCAAAACCCAUGUAUCACUUUCCAAGAAUCCAGGGUUAACGGAAAGCAUUAGCAAAGAUCAAAUAGCAGGUGAUGGGAAGAAACAAACGGCAAAAGUGGGAGACGCCAUAAUAUGCACUUGUUGCACAUCAUCGCAUUUGUUUCUAUACUACUGCAAGGAGUGCAACCACAUUCACAGUCGAGAUUGUAUGUAUUAUAAUAUUUGCACAGGUAAAGGUCAUAAUUUAUCGCUGUACGACAUUGAACAGCAACAAAACACAAAGCUCCCACCUUUUACUUCAGAAGAUCAGCCUAAACAGGGCAAAGAUUUUCUUAAAAAUCAUCAAUGUAUGUGCAAUUCAACUGCUGAUACAUUUUUUGUGUGCCACAGCUGCCAGUUAAUCCAUGACUGUAGCUGUGAAAAUGUUAAAGUGUGCGAAUCCCUGCAUCACAACUCGCAUAUAACGGGAGUUAUACAACCUACUCAAGAAGUUAAUGCUCCAAAGAGGCACUACUGUCUAACUUCAGAGUUUUCAGAAUGCGUGAUCUGCAGCACCUGUAACACUGCCCAUGAUUUGUUUUGUAGCGACUAUGUUAAAAAUUGCCUUGCACAACAGCAUGUGAUGUACCAAACGGAAUUAGGUGAAAUGCACAACACAGCAUUAAAAUAUCACCAGUGUUGCUUUGCCAUGCAACCAUUUCCUGAAAUCGCAUGCCUCACUUGUAAUUUUUUUCAUUCUUCUGUGUGUUCUGAUAGUCGGGAGUGCUCUCAAAAUCACAAAAUACAUCGCCUCAGAACUAAAUGCGUCUCUUCCAGUCGUGAGAUUUACACGCUGUGUAGGUAUUGCUUUCACGUGUAUUGCAAAGCCUGUUGGUAUAAAGAUCCCAUGAGAUGCAAGUGUGGGAAUCCUUUUGACUAUUUUGGGGGUUCUCCAGUUUAAAAAAAUCAACACUUUAAUGUUGACCAUAGUCUUGUGGAAAAUAGUUUUACUUGCAUUUAUCAUUUGUACAGAUGAAUCGUAUUCCUAUAUGAAUGUGUAAAGAAUCUAGAAUAUUUUUUUCUUAUUCUGUUUUGUGGUUUUGAAAGCCUUAACUCCUAACAUAUUGCAUGAAUGGUUGGACAUAUUUAUAUAACUGUUUGGUCAAAGCAACAUCUCAUGCAUCAUUGUGUUGCUUGGAUUGAUUGAUUUUCACAUUCACAGAUUUAAAUGUGAUAAUUUAGUGCCAUCUUAUCUCAAUAAAGGGACUAAGAAUGAAUUUUGCAUGUACUAGUUAAAACAAAUAACAGAUUAAACAUUUUGCCAUUGUGACAAAUGUGUUCAUUUAGAUGUUAGUUUCACAUAUAAUAAAAAUGUUAAUUGUUAAAAUA